AUGAAUUCUCGAUCAAAUCAAACUAAUUCAUUAUUUAUUCAAAUUAAACCUAAAAAAGCAUUUAAUAAACCAUAUCAACAAAAUAUUGAUGAAGAAAAAGGAAAAACUGAAAUUUUUACAUCAAUAAAUGAAUCAAAUGAAAAUGAAAAUGAAAAUGAAUAUGGAUUAAUCAAGAAGUUCAAUAAUGUUGAAUCAAACAAUCGAAUCAAUAAAACACAUUCAAGAAUAAGUUUAAAUAUUUCUUAUUUAAUUGAGCAAUCAUUAAAACAAAUCGAUGAAUAUCGUUUUAAAUUUCAAAAUAAAUUACAAGAAAAUAAAUCUUUAAUUAAUUAUUCUCAAAAAUCAUUUAUUCAAAAUGAUUUCAUUAAAAAAGUUAAUUCAAAUUAUUUUAUUAAUCGUAGAAAUUCAGAUAAAUACAAUAGAAAUAAACUUGACGAAUUUAAUUAUGAAAAUAUUUUUGAAUAUUUCGAAGAAUAUUCUCACUAUAUAAAUAAAUUAUUAAACGAAUAUUUAAAUGAUGAUUAUCAUGAUAAUAUUAAAUUGAAGAUAAAUUGUUUAUCAUUAUGUGAACAAAUAAAAGAUUUUUUCAAAAAAUUAAAUAAAAGAUAUAGAAUUAUUGUACAACUUUAUACGUAUCAACAUCUUGAUCAAUCAAUUGUAAUUGCAUCAAGAUCUUUAUUAGACAGUCAACAUGAUACAUUUUUAGAAAAGCAUUUUAAAAAGACAAAUUUUUUUGCUCUUAUCAUUAUUUAUUUCAUUUAUAAAGAAUGA